CUUCUUUCCUGCUGAUUCGGGGGGAGAAGUCAUGCAGUCUCCUACCGGCAAUUCCAAAGGCGGCAGCCCGCCUGUAGAACCAGAGUCAGUUGAGUCGGACUACGAGUAUGAAUAUGACGAGUCCGAGAGGGAGACAUUUUACAUCAACCUUGACCUCACGUCCUGCAAUGGCCCGAUACGACCGCCGAGGCAGAGAUCUGCUGCCUCCUCAAAUUCCCUCGUCCCGUUAGUUGAUAUGACGACUUCGCAGCCAGGGUCUCCAGUUCCCCACUCAAGCCCAAACCAGGGUCAAUCAACUGGAAUUGACCCAGAUCUGGAAAUGGAACUUCAAAAUCAAAUUCAAAUAAUGGAGCUACACUCACCUAAUCCUAUCGUGUCCUACCAAAAUCAGAUCUUUAGCUGUUCCUGGGCUGAUCAAAUUGGAACCGAUAUGAUGUUUUCACUGCCUGGCGAUGAAGACGAUACUCCCGCUCUGCGACAAAAUAGGGAUUUUGACUUAGUUUCCACGACGCGAGUGAAAAUCCUAGGUCAGAAAGCGCAUCUCAUAUCGGGUUCUAGCUCUAGCCAAGCUCAAAGAAUGCGCUCAGGAGGUUCUUCAACUGGACAAGCGCAAUUCCUAGAAUGCCUUAUGAGAGCAAAAAGAGCUAAAGGUGAAGAGGAUAUUGUUCGAACAACUUUUCCUCAAGCGCAAAAGCGAAACCAAAAUAUUGAGGAAAGAUUGCAGGGUUGGGCUAGAACUGAAGGAAUGCUUGCUGAACUCGAGAACGUCAGCCAGCAGGCGCGGUCUGGCGACCCCGAAGCUAUGAAAAGACUAGGAGAGAUUUACGCACGAUUUGAUGCUGCUUCACGGAAGAAUGUUGGACCAGAAACUCCUGCCACCAAUGCCCAAUCGUCGACGCCGCUUGUCCAAGAGCAUCUACCCGGAGAUUCAGCGUUGACCUAAUAGCAUUGAAAGCGGAUAACAAUUGCUUGAUUCUUGGCU